AUGCUUCAGGAGGCCCAACCGCCCAGCAACCAGAGCAGCCUCCCCCCCGCCUCCUUCAUCCUGGCGGGCAUCCCCGGCCUGGAGAAAUACCACCGCGGGAUGGGGGUGGCCUUCUGCCUGAUGUACCUCUUGGCGCUUCUGGGAAACCUCUCCCUGCUCUUCCUCAUCCGGGCGGAGCAGAGCCUCCACCAGCCGAUGUACCUCUUCCUGGCCAUGCUGGCGGUGGCCGACGUGGCCCUGUCGUCCUCCACCGUGCCCAAGACCUUGGGCGUCCUCUGGUCCUACUCCAGGGAGAUCUCCUUUGAGGGCUGCCUUGCCCAGAUGUUCUUCACCCACAUCAGCUUCAUCGCGGAGUCCACCAUCCUGCUGGCCAUGGCCUUCGACCGCUACGUGGCCAUCUGCUGGCCGCUGCAGUACACCUCCAUCCUGUCUCCCUCGGUGGUGGCCAAGACCGGCCUGGUGGCUCUGGCCAGGAGCUUCUGCGUGAUGUUCCCCACCAUCUUCCUCCUCAAGAGGCUGCCGUACUGCGGGAGGAGGGUGAUGCCCCACUCCUACUGCGAGCACAUGGGCGUCGCCCGCAUGGCCUGUGCCAGCAUCGCCGUCAACAUUUGGUACGGCUUCGUGACCACCCUGCUGUCUCCCGGCUUAGACAUUUUCCUCAUCGCCGCUUCCUACCUCCUGAUCCUCAGGGCCGUCUUCAGGUUCCCCUCCAAAGACGCCCGGCUGAAGGCCCUGGGGACCUGCGGCUCCCACCUCUGCGUCAUCCUGAUGUUCUACACCCCGGCCUUCUUCUCCUUCUUCGCCCACCGCUUCGGCCACGGCAUCCCCCAGUCCGUGCUCAUCCUCCUGGCCAAUCUCUACCAGCUGCUGCCUCCCAUGCUCAACCCCAUGGUCUAUGCCGUGAAAACCCAGCCGAUCUGGAAGAGGCUCGUCAGGGCCUUCGGCAAAUGA